GUCAGUUUGGUGCAGCUGCUGUUGACACAAACUCGGGACGGGGAGAAACAAAAAAACAUCAAACCCAGGCAAAGUGCAACCAAAACCCUCGGAAUGUCCACACUAACGCGUCCAAAAUCCCCCCGAACUCCCACUUCCGGGCGGGCCGAUAAGGAGGAAAGCAUCUGGGACAAAAUUGGAACGCUGGGAAGGAAGAAGCGCAUAAAGGAAGUGCAAGAAAUCCAGGAGGAGGGCAAGAUUGCGAUCGACUCCCCCGGCAGCCCGAAUGCACCGAUCAUCCCGCCGGAGGACUACAACCUGGAGGACAAUGAAUCUCGCUCGAUCAUUCAGCCUGCCUCGCUGCAGAUGCCAAAGGUGAAGGAGCUGCUGCAGGUGCUGAUCGACUGGAUCAACGACGAGCUGGUGGAGGAGCGAAUCAUCGUCACCAACAUCGAGGAAGAUCUGUACGACGGCCAGGUGCUGCAGAAGCUGUGGGAAAAGCUGUCCAACAACAAGCUGAACGUGCCGGAAGUGACCCAGUCAGCAGAAGGCCAGCGCCAGAAGCUGUCCGUCGUGCUGAAUGCGGUGAAUCAUACGCUCGGCUACCAUCACAACACCCCAAAGUGGACGGUGGAAAGCAUACACACGAAGAACAUUGUGUCGAUCUUGCAUUUGCUCGUUGCGCUGGUGCGCCAUUACCGUGCCCCGAUCCGGCUGCCCGACAACGUGUUCGUGACGGUCGUGAUGGUGCAGAAGCUGAACGGAAAGCUCACCAGCCAGCGGUUCCAGGAGCAGAUCACCCAAUCGUACGAUGACGUUGGCAUGCGGUGCGAACCGGACGCGUUCGAUACGCUGUUCGACCAUGCGCCGGACAAGCUGAAGGUGGUGCAGCGUUCGCUGAUCUCGUUCGUGAACAAGCACCUGAACAAGCUGAACUUCGAGGCGGCCGAUCUCAACACGGACUUUAAGGACGGUGUGUUUCUGUGUCUGCUGAUGGGGCUGCUGGGUGGAUUUUUCGUACCGCUGCACGAUUUCCACCUCACGCCAAAGGACGCCGAUCAGAUGACGCACAACGUGGCGUUCGCGUUCGAGCUGAUGAUGGACCAGGGCCUGAGACCGAAGGCAAGGCCGGAGGAUAUCGUAAAUAUGGAUUUGAAGUCCACGCUCCGGGUGCUGUACACACUGUUCACGAAGUACCGCAACAAUCCGUGAGCGCGACGUGACAGGGACCGAUGGAAAGAUGAAGCGUCAAGCGCCCGUUACUCGACAGCUAAUCCCAAUGUGCCUUCCGUGUUUUGUUUCUGUAACUGUUGUGUACUGUGCUGCAACACGUGUGGUACGAGUAUAGAGAGUAUUAACAUAGGAAAACUAAUUAUAUUUAUACCCGAUCAAUGUCCCGACGAGAAGUGCUAAAAGAGAGAGGGAGAGAAUAUGUGUGUUUGUGCCUUCAGUCAGUGUUUUUUUACAACUUAACUAGUGAUUAUUAAAUCCAUAACAAUCGAUGUUUGCUAACGUUUGCUGGUGAAAUAAAACGUUAACGCGAAACUAACCCAAAGGAA